GUCUCCUCCUCCCCAACCGCCAAAACCUUCUUCUCCACCUUCGCCGCUGAACAGAGGUGACAUCAAGUUUUAUGGACAAAGAACGGAGGUGGGUUUGAGUUUAUCUUAUCUAGGCAUGAAAAUUAGAGUAUAAAAUUUAGACAUAGAAUUAAAAAAAAAUUAAAUUAAAUUAAAAAAAUUCUCCCUAAGCCAUGAAGCUAAGUUUAAUAAGUGCCUUUGGCAUGUCAAAUUUCACCAUGUUUAUUAAGCCACCUCUUUUCCGCAACCUCCACCAAUCCGUUUGCUCUUCUGUAAAAUCACCACCACCACCACUUGCCUAUAUAAAACCUCGAAUGCCACUCUUUCUUAGGCCGUCCACGCACAUGGUCGCCAUGUUGGACCUGUGCAAAUGGUACGAGUGGGCAAAAAGUCUUGCUUCCUCUGUGGGAACCACAUUUGAGGAUGUAGACAAUGGCCCAGACUCCAGCCUCUUACGCAGAGAGCUCAAGUGGCUCGUGGACGAUGUGACAGAAGAUCGAGCAGUGUCUCUGCUAAUGCAUAGCGAAAAGUGUGACAGAAAUGUAGGAAUAAGGGUGAGCUUGGACGAGCUUUACAAGCUGUGGAAGGAGAGGAUUGAAGAGAGGAGACCUUUUCAGUACAUUGUUGGGUGUGAGCAUUGGAGGGACUUGGUGUUGUGUGUUCAAGAAGGGGUUCUGAUACCGAGGCCCGAGACCGAGCAGAUUGUUGAUUUGGUUGCCGAUGUAGUUUCAGAUAACGAAGGAUUGAGAGAAGGAUUGUGGGUGGAUUUGGGGACUGGGAGUGGUGCAAUUGCUAUUGGAGUUGGGAUGAUGUUAGAGAGUUUGGGAAGAGCCAUUGCAACAGAUUUAAGCCCUUUGGCGCUUUCUGUGGCGGCUUUCAAUGUGCAGAGGUAUGGUCUGCAGGAUGUAGUUGAGUUACGGCAAGGAUCUUGGUUCGAACCAUUGAAGGAUCUGGAAGGUAAAGUUGCAGGGAUUGUAAGUAAUCCGCCUUACAUCCCAAGUGACAAUAUUUCUGGGCUACAAGCAGAAGUGGGCAGGCAUGAACCAAGAAUUGCAUUAGAUGGUGGUGUUAAUGGCAUGGAUGACCUCUUACGCCUUUGCAAAGGGGCAGGUUCGAUGUUGAAGUCUGGUGGAUUUUUCGCUUUUGAGACAAAUGGUGAGCAGCAAUGCAAGCAUCUUGUUGAGUACAUGGAAACUGAUGCUGGGGAUUGUUUUUGUAAUGUAAACAUAGUGCCUGAUUUUGCCGGAAUCCAGAGAUUUGUUACCGGAUUUCGUAAAUGAGUAUUAUGGCAUGGUUUUCUUUGCGGAGGUGCACCCUUAACUUGUGCACAUUGGGCAACUUGAACUCCGAACUUUCAGAUCAGACAAAUAUGAUCUUAAAUUUGAAAAUCAUCGUAAAUGGCUAACGAAUCAAUUAAUGAACAACUGCCCAUAAUUUUUGCUGUUUAUUAAUUGACGUCU